AAAACAUAACUAAGUUCAUUUUUCAUUAAGUUACUGCAGUGUAUGUUCUGUCUGAUGUUUCAUUGUAAAAUAUCACUCAGCAGUGACUCCAUGACACACAAGCACCUCCACUCAGUGACCAUAGAAUAUUUCUUUUUAGAUUGAGCACUGACACAUUUAUUGUAUUCUUAAUUAUGGCGUUUCAUAGGAAAUACCACACCAGACUUUGUUAUGUUGUAUAUGAAAAUCGAGUGCCUUUUAUGUAACACUGGCUCGUUAUCAAUGUGUAGUGUAACAGUCUACCUUAUAUGCUUUAUUUUUAUUUUAGGCUACUUUUUUAACAACCGGUAAGGAGUAAGAGAUUAAAAGAUGACAUUUUGCCCUUGAGUCCACUUACAGUCCUUUCCCCUCAGUAGGUCAGUGAGAACUCUCCAUGUAAAGUAAACGAAAACAUUUGCUUUGCCCUGUCCAUAUUUCUCAGAAUAGUUAAUGUCCUUGUCAGUUGGUUUUGUUUAAUGCUACAUUUUUUUAAGCAGCUUUAAAAUAGUGUUCUUCCAACUUUGUUGCCACAGUAUGUGGAAGGUUUGAGUGGGAGGCAGAACUAUAGUACUUAACCACAUUGGGAAUCCCGUAAGAGCAUGGACUGCAACGUACUGCAGAUGCUGCUGAGUUAACAGCUGGAUCUGUCCAUGGUGCUGAAAACGAGUUCGGCCCUCCGGAUAUUUCUAUCCUGGUUCACAUAUCAGCUGCAUAGUUAGACUGAGAGGAACACAUGUUUGCUCUUCAUGGCUGAUUUAGGAGAGUCUUUGUAUUGUAACAGCGCUGAAAUGAUAAGGAAACUGCCGAGAGACGGAAAACAGCAAAGAGAGGGAAAGUCGAGGGGGUUGGGGGAGAUGAUGUCAUAGUUUUUAGUCUGUGCCAAGCAGAUGGCUGCAGCCGUCCUCCUGUCGCUUAGCUCCUGCUUCCAUCUCCAUCCCAAACAUCAGCCUCAGCUCCAGUGAGUUACAAGCGCUGGAAACGGAAGCCGUUUAGAAGGACACGAAGCGGAAACGUCCUGUGUGCGCUGUAUGCGAGCGAAUGAUCCUCAAAGCAUAGGGCCAGUCCAAAUCUGAUAUGGACGAAAAUACUGGACCAAGCACGGGGCUUCGAUCGCUCUUCACUUUUGUCUUCAUUCUGUAUUAUGACCAGACGACAGUGUGGACGAGCUAGUCCUGCCCAGAAAGGAGGAGGAGGAGUAGGAGACACACGCACAAGGGUGUCGACGGAGAGAGGCAGGAGCAGAGGAGAAAAGGCGGGGAGCAACGGGGGGAAAAUACACUAGCUAAUAAAUCAAGAUACUGAUAAUGGCUGCUAAAUCGGACGGGGUCCUGAAGAUGAAGAAGAGCGACGUGGCCUUCACGCCUCUGCAAAACUCAGAGCACUCCGGCUCGGUGCAGGGACUCCACCCGGGCGGCCAGCUCGACUCUGCGGGCACCGGGGACGGGGAUUUUGCCAACGGGGAGUCGCGGUGCUGCGGUGGGGGAGGCUCAAACUCGACGUGCCUUCGUCUGGGCAGAGGGCAGCAGAAGUAUACGGUGUGGGACUGCUUGUGGAUCGUAGCCGCCGUGGCCGUUUAUUUGGCCGAUGUGGGCACCGAUGUGUGGCUGUCGGUCGACUACUACCUCCGCCACGACUAUUGGUGGUUCGGCCCGACGCUCUUUUUCGUUGUGUUGGGUUCCUUCUCGGUCCAGCUCUUUAGCUUCAGAUGGUUCGUCCACGACUUCAGCACCGAGGACGGUGCCGAUUCUGUCACCGAUUGCUCCCACAUGGAUGGGAAUAAAUUGCUUAGCGGCUCGGCCUCACACGGUGAUGUUACUGCUCAACACCACCCGGCCACGCCGCAGAGGCAGGCGUCGACCGCCAGCAAGAACACCACUACUAACAGCACGGCGAGCACAGCGCUGGGAAACAGGAAUAGGAAACGUUCGGCCUACUACUCCUUCUGUGUUUGGUUCGGCCAGUCCGUCAUUCACAUCAUGCAGCUGGGCCAGAUAUGGAGGUAUUUCCAUACCAUCUACCUGGGUGUUCGGAGUCGUCAGGGUGCUGAGACAGAGCGCUGGCGUUACUACUGGAGGAUGGUCUAUGAGUUUGCAGAUGUGAGCAUGCUGCAUCUACUAGCAACCUUUCUGGAGAGCGCUCCACAACUGGUGCUUCAGCUGUGCAUUAUCAUCCAGACACACAAGCUCCAGGCUGUGCAAGGAAUGACAGCUGCAGCCUCCCUCGUCUCUAUGGCCUGGGCCCUGGCCUCCUAUCAGAAGGCCCUGCGAGAGUCUCGGGAUGACAAGAAGCCCAUCAGCUAUCUGGCAGUGAUUAUCCAGUUCUGUUGGCACUUCUUCACCAUAGCAGCCCGAGUUAUCACCUUUGCUCUGUUUGCAUCUGUAUUUCAACUGUACUUUGGCAUCUUCAUCGUCCUGCACUGGUGCAUCAUGACCUUUUGGAUUGUCCACUGUGAGACAGACUUCUGCAUCAGCAAGUGGGAAGAGAUUGUGUUUGACAUGGUGGUGGGCAUAAUCUACAUCUUUUCCUGGUUCAACGUCAAGGAAGGACGGACAAGGUGUCGGCUUUUUAUCUAUUACCUGGUAAUCUUGAUGGAGAACACUGCUCUCAGUGCGUUGUGGUAUCUCUACCGAUUUCCUCAAAAUACUGACGCCUUUGCAGUGCCAGCACUCUGUGUCAUUUUCAGCAGUUUCCUCACCGGCAUUGUUUUCAUGCUCAUGUACUAUGCCUUUUUUCACCCGAACGGGCCACGCUUUGGACACUCACCGAGUGGCCAAGGCCUUGACCUGGACCCUACUGCUCAGUUCUCCACUCUGCCAUCAGAAGGUGCGACCAAUUCACUGCGUUCCAACCGAGGUGCUACCACAACUCUAGAUCGACACGACGUGGGCAAGUAUUCUGAGCGAGAUGGCUGCAUGCCAGUGUUUCAGGUCCGAUCCACAGUGCCAUCCACGCCAUCUUCUCGUGCUCCACGCCUAGAGGAGACCGUCAUCAAGAUCGACCUUUGUAGGAACCGCUAUCCAGCCUGGGAGCGUCAUGUUCUGGACCGCAGCAUUCGCAAAGCAAUUUUGGCCAUAGAUUGCUCAUUGACUCCUCCACGGCUGCAGUACAAAGAUGAUGCUCUGGUACAGGAGCGGUUGGAAUAUGAGACCACUCUAUAGUCCGCUCGGCUUUCGGAAACCCUGCAGGGGCACAGCAACAGAGUGGUAUCCUGUGAUCACAUAAACAGCAACAGGAACUGUGGCAAUAAGAAUUUGUUACUGGCAUCAGUUUCAAUCUUCAUCUCCCAUUGCUGUUGUUCUUUUUCUAUUUCCGGGUAUCAGGAGUGUCGAGAAGCAGUCGGGACUGUUGGUGAUGGCUGGAUGACCAACUCAGUACAAGUUCAGUUAGUGUCACUGGUGGGAUUGCUGCUGAUUGUUGCUAUUUUACUUACACUUACUUACAAAUGCUGUCUUGUAUGGACUAAAUACUAAAAGACACUCUGCUUAAAACAAAAAGAAGCGAGUGUGUUAAGGGAUGUUAAGUUAAAGCUGUAAAAUAAUAAAAAGUGGAAUUGUCCAUUGUCCAUACAGACAGCUUUUCAGUCACCAGAUACUCCCAUAAAACAAAGGAGGCCCGAAUUACAAACUCGAACUUGUCCUAAUGUGUUGGUGUCCUACCAUAUCAGCCACAAGCAGGUGGGUACUCUCAGUCAUUACUCUCUUUCUCUUAGUGCCAAAAAGGGUCAUUGGGAACAUCCUCUAGAUUCUAAGGAACAACUUAGGGGUGACUGCAUAAUCCAGAAGGUUCUUCUUUGAGCUAGACUUUUCAUUGUUAUUGGACAUCUGUGAUCAACACUGGAAGAUGGCCAGAAAGUGACCUACAAGAAGACAGUGGUCAAAGUAGCAUCUAUGAGCAGUCAUGGUGUUUUGUUUGGGCAAAACAUACUAAAUGAUAAGGCUGAAUGUUAUAAUAGGAAGCAAGAAAAGGGGGCAAAGGUUAAACACUAGCUAAUGGUCUCAUUCUGAAAAGGAAGCAUUCAAACUUACCCAAUGCCAAGAAAAAAAUCUUCCUGGCAGCUCAACAUAACUAUUUGUAGUCCUGCCUCAGAAACACAGCUGCAUAAUUGUUCCAAUCUUUGCUUGUCUGUGGAGGGUGAAAGCAUGUACCAGACACCAAUGAACCGAAGAGAGGAGAGAGAAUGAUACCGGAAAUGGAAAUGAGUUGAGGAUGAAAACACAGACAAGCAGCCAACUCAGCCAUUCCAACCAGCCACCAGGAUGUACAGUACUCAUGCAACAUGCAGCAUUUUUAUUUUAGAGAUGAAGUAGAGGCUACUGAAGUCAUUGUAAUCCUGUGUGUGUGUGUGUGUGUGUGUGUGUGUGUGUGUGUGUGUGUGUGUGUGUGUGUGUGUGUGGAGUUUACACAAAACAAGCAAAGUAGAACGUGUGGGUAGUCUGUCUGAAUAGAGUCUUUGCUGUAGGUAUGCAGAUGACACACGUCACCUUUCUAGGAAAGAUUGCCCUUUUUUAAAACACUUGGAUUUUUUACAUUUUGACUCAAAACAUUUGUGCUGGAAGUGUCCACUGGCAAAUGAGAAAAUGAGACGGGAAAAGGCUUGAUCCUGGUCAUACUACAUAUCAUGCUCUGGAAAAUAAGCGAUGGAAUACAACCAUUUUCCAUACGCGACUUUUAAUGUGGGUAACAAAGACAGUAAGUGUAAAUAACAGAACGUAGGAUUUAUUCAAUCAGAAAUGCAAUGCUGUGACAGGCGGCUAACCAAAAGUGGCUAUUGGACUACAACCAUGGUGGUGUUAAAUGAUGAAGCUGUAAACAUAUACAAGGUCCAGUAGAUGGCGUUUUGGGCCAAAGUAUUAAACAUACACAUAUAGUGUUGUUAUAAGGAAAUUACAUUUAUGAAAAUAACUCAAACAUUUAUCUGCCAUACCACAAGCUUUUAUUUGGUAUUUUCCAAAAUGUUUUAGCCUCUCAUGGAUGACCUGGAUCAAGAUGGUGCCUGUUUUUCCCAAAAGUUUGUUCCAACCUGGUAGCAAGUUUCAGGGGAGUCAGCCAAGUCAUCCUGACCCAUGAACAGGGAAUGGUAGGAUGUCUUACUCUGAUCAAGCAUUGGAACUGAAGCCACAGUAGGCAGUAUCAUGGACUUCACAGGUUAAUAUAUGAUGCAUUAUAUAAUGCAUUACAGAUGUGCAGUGCACUAUAAACAAUAUGAACAAUACUGUGUAAGUCUGUGUUUGAUGUUACCAGUUAAAUUGUCCUGGCCCGGUUGACGUGGUGUGCAUGCGUGUAUUCCAAACCUUGGAACAUCCCCUGAAAGAGAGAACCAGAGACUGAAGACAUAAGGAGGUGCUGCGCCAUCCCAAUAGCAUCCUUCUGCUUACCCUCAAAACCCAAAUAACUUUACUUCAAGAAGCGCUGGGCAGCAACAGACAAUAUCACCUCACAGAUUAGUUGUCAGUUAGUCAAGAUUUUUAGCUCUCUCCCUUCCUGUGCUAAGAUAGUGUCCAGAUAAAAGGAAUUCUAGGCGGUCUUUUAUCCAAAGAGAAAAACAUAGCGAGUCAAUGAUAAUCAGGAUAUUCUGACCUCAGCUGGUCCUUUCUGUAAACACUUUUGCAGGUCAUUGCACUUAUUUGAAACCACAGCACAAUGGCCAUCAUGAUGUUGUGGAAACAAAGAUAUAAGUGAAAAAAGACUCUGUAUGUGGCCCAUUAUAAACAGACCACUUAGAGAACGUACGGUUACAUUGUAACCUUGGUUCUCUGAGUGAGAGACUAUCUCGCCACUCCAUACAUAUGGAACAUGUAACAGAGUGGAGAGAUAGUCUCGAUAUGAUAGAGAACCAGGGUGAUGUGUAUGCAGGAUAUACUAUGCUGGUAAGUACUGGCAUAUUCCCACCGUUUUUUGUGGUUUCUAUUAGAUAGAAGUUUCAAUUACAUACUGUAUGUUAGGGUUUUUUAAUAAUUGUGUUUUCUUCGUGGUGACAAGUCAAAAAUGUUUUCUGUAAAAAAACAAAUUAAAGAAGCAAUCUUGAAUGAUACAGACAUAUUUUUGUGCUUACACCAAAGCCUCUGUGUUUUACCAGAGACAUACUUUUAAAGGACUAUAGCAGUGGUUUCGCACGUUUUAGAAAAUCUUUUUGCAAAACUUUUUGCUGUAUUUCUCGAGUUUCACUGUAGUCUUUGAACUUUUGUUGUUGGUUGUUAUUAUUAUAAAGUAAUGCAUUGGAGACUUCCUAAGUAUAUCUUAAUUUAAACAGUCAUACAUGGCACAAUUUUAAACUGUACUGUAAUGAACAAAAAUCCACAAAGUAGAUAUAAAUCCACAAAUCUGGCAGUCUAUAGCCUGCAUAAAAAAUGGCUGCAAAAAUCCAUUCAGACUGAACAGUUGGACCUAAAAACAUGCAAACAGUGUUACAGCUGAAGUUUGACAACAGAUACUUUGUGUGUGUGUGUGCAGUGUGAGUUUCCAUCAGAUAUUUUGAGGAGACCGAUCUCUAUCUUGGCAUUAAUGUCUCUUCGUUAUUUUUCGGUUACUUUGAGAAUUUCAUGGACUUGUGUUUGGUGGAGGAAUACACUUGUGCUUUAGUGAAAAUGCUGUAUACAUAAAGCUUUUGUGGGUUCACCAGAAGCUGCAUAACAUAAGACCGAUGUCCUGAAGUAAUACUACAGUAGCUGAAUCAACAUUAGUGACAAGUAAAAAGACUAAACACUUGAAAAUAUAGUAAACCUGAGGAUUUUCCAUUUAAAGAAGGGACAUUUCCAGACCUAUUAUCUGGGAACAAACUCAGUGGCGAGUAAUGUAGAUAUAAAGGGUUUGUCUUUAGUCAUUUUGUUUUUUUCUUGGGAUAAAGACACAAGUUUCAUGAUGGCACAGUACUGUUAGAGAAUGGUGAAAUUAAUGCUUGUCUUUUUUAAUGAAAAAAAGUGAAUAAAAUAAAUCAGUAACUGGGCUGUCAAUGGAUUAAGAGAAAGUCUAAACAUGUAUAUUUAAUUAAAAAUAGCACAGCAUGUGUCAAACUAAAAGAAUGUGAGGUGGCAAAUGUAGAAAUGGUUCUCAACCACUGCACCAUCCUGGUGCACAGUUCAAAAGUCAGCAGACGUCUCUGAAGAAGACAGUUACAUCCAUAAGUAUUUGGAUAGGGACAUAAUUUUAGUAAAUUUCCCUCCGUAACAGCUUUCAGCUACAUUCAUUGUUGUAGAUUUGGUUCCCCAUAUGCAGAUUUUUCAUUGAUGCUUUCUUCUGUACUGAGUUAAGCACCGAGGGUUUCUCUGUUGUUUUGGAAACAGGGUUGCAAAUGCAGCCUUGUAUUUCUUAGACAUCCAAGCAAUUUAUUUUAGUUUUCAGUUCAAAAAUCAGCUGUAGCCUUAGUUUACUCAUUACCAUCAACACACACAAUACAUUGAUAUAAAUAUGUGUGGAACAUAAAGCUACCUCAGUUUGUCUCAUGAACAAGCCCUUACAGAUUAUCUGUCAAUGCCGAUUCAUUUUCUUCUGUAACACACUUGACACUUCUGUUUAAAUGAAAUAUGUUUACCAAAAUUAAAGAGAAUUCAAAAAACAAUAAAUAUUAAACCCUAUUAAAACCCUCCAAAGUAUAA